AUGAGCAUAGAUACAGGCAAUGACAGAAAGGAUGGUAACAACACGGAUAGCCCAUUGUGCAUACCCUCUUCAUCAUCUGCUGCAUCCCUAGCCAAAGCUACCGUCUUUCCUUUCUCCUCCGAGGAUAAUAGCAAGGACCUGAAAGAUUUACACGAUCCUAUUUCUGCUUCUGAAUUGAAAGAUCAGGGUGAGUUGCACACAAUUAGUGUUGGAGGGAAGGGCCAUGAGUUGGAGUUGAAGGAUAAUAAAGUUAACUGGAAUGAUCAAGGGGGGCCUCAGGCUGGGGCGGAGAAUAACAGUUUUCGGGAGGUGAGAUCAGGGGUCACAUUCGGUAGGGCAGACAGUUUUGGUGGAGAUAAAGAUCCUGUGGUGAUUGAAGGCAAGCCAAAUCAUUCGCGGCUUAGGGUGCCAGAUAGUGAAUUUGGGAAGAGAGUUGAAGACACCGAGGCAAAAGAUCAUCUCCCAAAUCAUUCACGGCCUAAGAGUCAUGGUAGAUCUCUUUCAGGGCAGUUUGAAGGUGGCUUAGGUGGGAGAUCGAAGAACUUGUUGCUACAUAAAGAGGUUGCAGGUGAUCAGUCUGCAUCUCAGCCUCAGUGGAGAUCCUUUAACAGCAAAGCCGAGCGAGCAGGGAAGAAGGAUUUUUCAUAUUCUGGGAGGGACUCAACAAAGGGGGAAAACCUUGAAGCACCAGCAACAGUGAAGAUGCAAAAACCAGUUUUUAGUGGGGAAGAACAGAUGAAGAAACUGGGGGAUGGAAAUGAUGAGAGUUCUGUUCCUUUCGGAAGCAGCAAACCAAUUAAUUUUGGUAAAAGGACCCCGGACCCUCAGGAAAGUAACCUUUCUGCACAAGCAUCAUCUAUUGAGCAAUUUCAAAGGGUACGACAAUCUAAAGGAAAUCAGGAGCUGAAUGAUGAGCUGAAAAUGAAGGCAAAUGAACUUGAAAAGCUUUUCGCAGAACAUAAACUUCGUGUUCCUGGGGAUCAAUCGAACCCCAACAGGAGAAACAAGCCUAUAGAAAUACAGAUUGAACAACAGAUGGCGACUUCGAUUCAGAAAAGACCAGCAGCAGCAGCAGUGGAGAGUUCUCCUAUACAUUUUCAGAUCAAGAAAGUGGAGCUUGAAGCAGUUGGAAAUAGUGAUACACUAGAGUUCAACACUCCACCUACAAAAAUGUUAGAUCAGCCAGACUAUAGCAGCUCAUUGAGAAGGAAUUUCUCUGACCUCAGUUUUUCUGAUGAUUCUAGAGGAAAGUUCUAUGAAACGUACAUGAAGAAGAGAGAUGCAAAACUGAGAGAAGAGUGGGGUACCAAAAGGGCAGAGAAGGAAGCUAAGUUGAAGGCCAUGCAUGAUAGCCUUGAUCGAAGUAGGGCCGAGAUGAAAUCUAAAUUUUCAGCAUCUGCUGAUAAGCAGGAUUCACGUGCUCGUCGACGUACUGAGAAGCUGAGAUCAUUCGCUGCUCAUUCAAGCGCUAAGAAACAGCAGGUAUAUUAUAAUCUGUGUAUUCAAUUCGACUUAAUCCAAAGUGACGAGGAUGAAGAUCUCCCUGCCUAUUCAGAACAGUUUUAUGGGCAAGACAAAUCAUUUAAUGAGGCAGCUGGUCAGAACAAAAAGUUCACACCAAACCGGAAUGUGUCUUCAUCGACUCGGAUAGCUGCAGCAGCACCUGUUCCACGGUCAGCAGUGAAAAGUUCCAACCCGAGCUCUGGAAAGCGAAGAACACCAUCUGAAAAUCAUCUUGCCCAGUCAGUUCCAAACUUCUCAGAAUUCAGGAAGGAGAACACAAAGCCAUUUCUUGGAGCUGGCAAGACUACAAACCGCUCUCAGGUGAGAAACUCUCGCAGCAAGAGCAAUGGAGAAGAUGUACCACUAACAAAAGAAGAUAAUAAGUCACGACGUUCUCAGGCUUUGAGGAAAAGUACUGCCGAUGCCACUAUUUUGGCCCCAUUGAAAUCUGAUAAAGAUCAGAUUGAGUCAAAGACUUUCUUGAAGAAGGGGAAUGGGAUAGGUCCAGGUGCUGGACCAGGUAUUGCAAAACUCCAAGCAUCAUCAGCUAUCUCCGAGACUUUGAGAAGUGAAGAUGAGUUUGAAGAUUCUGCUUUUGAAAUGGAGGAUGAUCCUGACGUUGCUAGGGAUGUAGCAGAAGAGGAGCUUGAGACAACUGAGGUGGAAGAAUGUGUGAAUGUUGAUAAUAAUGGUAAGUCAAGACUGAGUCAUGAAUCUGAGAAGAUGGUUAUGUCAGAAUCAGACAACAGUGACCCUCAAAGAUCUCAGCUCGAUAUUUCCUCAGUUGCUGAAUUGCCUGCAUCCGUGCCUUUGGCAUUCGGUGCUGUAGAAGAUUCACCUGCAGAAAGCCCUGUUUCAUGGAACAUGCACCCAUUUUCUUAUCAACAUGAGACCUCAGAUGUUGAUGCUUUUGUGGAUUCUCCAAUGGGGAGCCCCGCAUCAUGGAACUCUCACUCCCUGUCUCAAGCAGAAGCAGAUGCUGCUGCACGAAUGAGAAAGAAGUGGGGGAGUGCUCAGAAACCUGUUCUUGUUAGUUCAUCUAAUAACCACUCCCGAAAAGAUGUAACGAAAGGUUUCAAAAGGUUGAUAAAGUUCGGAAGGAAAAGCCGUGGGGAGACUUUGGCUGACUGGAUUUCUGCAACUACUUCUGAAGGAGAUGAUGAUACAGAAGAUGGGCGAGAUCCUGCUAGUCGGUCGUCGGAAGACUUGAGGAAGUCGAGGAUGGGAUUUUCACACAGCCAUCCUUCUGAUGACGGCUUUAAUGAAGGAGAAUUAUUCAAUGAGCAAGUUCAAGCCUUGCAUACCUCCAUUCCAGCACCUCCUGCCAACUUCAAAUUGAGGGAUGAUCAUGCUUCAGGAAGCGCAAUUAAAGAUUUCGAUCGGAGCGGCGGCGGAGGGGGUAAAUACGAGGACGACGAUUAUGAUUACGAUGACGAGGAAGGAGAAGAGGAGGAGGAAGAUGAAGAAGGAGGAAGGAAGCUGGUUGGAUUGAUCGGUUUGUUCAAGUACUCGAGUAAAUGGGACGUGUUCCUUCUGUUUUUGGGCUGUGUGGGAGCUCUCAUCAAUGGCGGCGCUCUUCCUUGGUACUCUUUCCUGUUUGGCAACUUCGUCAACAAAAUUGCAAAGGACACCAGCGAUCAGAUGAUGGACGAUGUUCGCGAGAUGGCGAAUUUCGUUCAACAACUAUUCACCUUCUUCUGUGGCUAUGUCGUUGGAUUCUUGAGAUCAUGGAAGGUAUCUCUUGUGGUCUUCUCGGUCACCCCAUUGAUGAUGUUCUGUGGCAUUGCCUAUAAGGCUGUCUAUGUUGGCCUUGCUACAAAAGAAGAGGCUGCAUAUGUUAAAGCUGGCACUGUGGCUCAGCAAGCCAUUAGCGCGAUCAGAACUGUGUUCUCUUUUGUUGCUGAGGACAAUUUGUCAGCUAAAUAUUCUGAGUUGUUGGCGAAUUCUAUUCCCAUUGGAGCGAAGAUUGGAUUUGCGAAGGGGGCAGGAAUGGGAGUCAUUUACUUGGUUACAUAUUCCACAUGGGCAUUGGCUUUUUGGUAUGGAGCAAUCUUGGUCUCAAGAGGGGAGAUCUCUGGAGGUGAUGCUAUUGCAUGUUUCUUUGGAGUCAACCUAGGGGGAAGAGGACUGGCUUUGUCGCUGUCAUAUUUUGCUCAGUUUGCACAAGGCACGGUAGCAGCAACACGUAUAUACGAAAUCAUAGACCGAGUUCCGGAGAUCGACCCUUACAGUCCCGAAGGAAGAACAUCAUUGAGUACACGUGGAAGGAUCGAGUUCAAAGGUGUCACCUUUGCUUAUCCAUCUCGUCCAGAUGCUCUAAUCCUGCGCUCCAUCAAUCUGGUUAUCCCAUCUUCAAAGACACUUGCCCUAGUUGGUGCUAGUGGAGGUGGGAAAUCCACUAUUUUCGCUCUUAUAGAAAGGUUCUAUGAUCCAGUUUCAGGAGUGAUUAGCUUGGAUGGUCAUGACUUGAGGACACUGCAGGUCAAGUGGCUUAGAAGUCAAAUGGGAAUGGUGGGACAAGAGCCAAUCCUCUUUGCUACAAGCAUUAUGGAGAAUGUUUUAAUGGGGAAGGAGGAUGCCACAGAGAGAGAAGCGAUCAAAGCCUGUAUUGCUGCGAAUGCUCACGACUUUGUAUCAGCUCUUCCGCAGGGCUACGACACUCAGGUUGGCGACAGGGGAACACAGCUUUCAGGAGGACAGAAGCAGCGAAUUGCAUUAGCUCGCGCCAUCCUCAAGGAUCCCACCAUCCUUCUCUUAGACGAACCCACAAGUGCACUAGACCCUGAAUCUGAAUCCGCAGUCCAGAAAACCAUCGACAAGAUCUCACUCGGAAGAACAACAAUCGUCAUUGCUCACAGACUAGCCACAGUGAAGAAUUCCAACACCAUUGUCGUCCUCGACCAAGGCUCCGUAGUCGAGAUAGGCAAUCACCGUCAGCUCAUGGACAAAGCCGGCUGCUACUACGACCUCGUCAAGCUUGCCUCCCAAGGAGCCACAUCGAAACAUGCUGGCCUUGACACGGAGAAGUCGAAGGCUACGUACGAGAAGUCUGUUAGUGAUGUCAAGGCCCAGUUUGAGAAAUCUAGGUCUAUGUCAAGGCCAGAGGAUCCUGAAACAACAGCAACACAGCAAACUCGUAAACCGACGGAGAAGUUUAGACUUUCGGAGGUGUGGGCUCUUCAGAAGCCAGAGGCUAUAGCACUUGCGCUUGGCUUCAUUGGAGCUAUCCUAGCUGGAGCUAUCCUGUCCAUAUUCCCCUUCCUCCUAGGCCUAGCCCUUCAGGUCUACUUCGACGAUGACCCUCCGAAGUUGAAGAAAGACGUUGGGAAUCUCGCCUUAGUCAUUCUUGGUCUCGGCGUUGGCUGCAUUCUCACAAUGACAAGCCAACAAGGCCUCUGCGGAUUUGCCGGAACUAAACUGACGGUUCGAGUUCGAGAACUCCUGUUCCAAUCCAUUCUGAGACAAGAACCGGGUUGGUUCGACUCCGAAGAAAACUCCACAGCAGCACUCAUCUCGAAACUAUCAAUCGAUUGCGUCACUUUCCGAUCAGCCCUCGGUGACCGAUUCUCGGUCCUGUUCAUGGGUCUAAGCUCAGCCGCCGUGGGCCUUGGUUUAUCAUUCUUCCUUCAAUGGAAGCUCACUCUAGUGGCAGCAGUUCUAACCCCCUUCACUCUCGGCGCAAGCUACCUGAACUUGAUCAUUAACGUGGGUCCGAAGCUAGACAACGCAGCCUACACCCGAGCCAGCAACAUCGCCUCAGGGGCUGUCUCCAACAUCAGGACGGUGACUACGUUUGCAUCUCAGGAACGGAUAGUUCAGGCAUUCGGACAAGCUCUUGCUGAGCCGAAGAAGAAGUCGGAGAAGAAGUCUCAAGUCUUGGGAGCCACGCUAGGUUUCUCUCAGGGUGCAAUGUACUGUGCGUACACGUUGACACUCUUUUAUGGGGCUUACUUGGUCGACAAGGGGGAGUCAAACUUUGGUGACGUGUACAAAAUCUUUCUCAUCCUUGUUCUGAGCUCAUUCUCCGUCGGACAGCUGGCGGGGCUAGCUCCGGAUACGUCCAUGGCUGCGACAGCAAUCCCGGCUGUGUUCAACAUCAUCUAUCGUCGGCCUUCGAUAGUAAACCCUCGAAAGGCAAAGAAGGUUGAUCGAUCCUCGAAGGGGUUGGAUAUCGAGCUGAAGAUGGUGACAUUUGCUUAUCCUUCAAGGCCCGAGGUUACUGUGCUGAGGGACUUCUCAUUGAAGGUUAAAGGUGGUAGCAUGGUGGCUUUGGUAGGAGGAAGUGGUUCGGGGAAAUCGACGGUCAUAUGGUUGGUGCAGAGGUUUUAUGAUCCUAAUCAAGGAAAGGUGAAACUGGGAGGGGUGGAUUUGAGGGAUUUGGAUAUCAAGUGGUUGAGAAGGCAGACGGCAUUGGUAGGGCAGGAGCCUGCUUUGUUUGCUGGAACAAUAAGGGACAACAUUGCGUUUGGAGAACCUAAUGCUUCCUGGGCUGAGAUCGAAGAGGCGGCGAAAGAUGCUUAUAUCCAUAAGUUCAUCAGCAGUCUUCCUGAAGGCUACGAUACUGAGGUGGGUGAAAGUGGGUUCCAAUUAUCAGGAGGCCAGAAGCAGAGACUGGCAAUUGCAAGGGCUAUGCUGAAGAAAUCGAGUGUGCUGCUGCUGGACGAAGCCAGCAGCGCGCUGGACUUGGAAUCGGAGAAACACGUCCAGCAAGCACUCAGCAAUGCCUCCAAACGAGCCACCACCAUCGUCGUUGCCCAUCGGCUCUCGACGAUCAGAGAAGCUAACAUGAUCGCGGUGGUUCAAGAUGGUUCGGUCGUCGAGCAUGGCAAUCAUAACACGCUCCUGAGAUCAAACCUCAAUGGCGUCUAUGCGAGCAUGGUUCGUUCUGACGCAGAAGCAAGUGCGUUUGCUUGAGCACUAAUAUAUGUUCUUUGGUGUAGAAGGACAACAAUGUAUAAAUGGUGUUAAGGUUGUAUUAUUGUAAGCUGUAAUCUUUUUGUCAAGUGAUGUAGAGAAAAUGUUAUGAAAAGUACUUUUUUCUUCUUCUUCUUGGUGGUUAGGGAGGAAGUAUUGAAUAAAUUUUGAAUGGAGUAGAACAUGAAUAUUGAAUACAUUAUGCAG